AGUUCGGACUGCGCAGACUCCUGCGGGUGGCUUCGAUUGGUUGAUUCGCUCCUGUGGAAGUUGAUCGUAGUCGGUGAGAAGUAAAGUGACGUGGAGAGUUACGAAGAUGGCAAGCUUACGCCUAAAACUUCCCAAACUGUGACAGGACUUGGUACCAAAGUGUACGGUGAGCUUCAUCGACAUAUAUUUGUUUUGUCAACCGACUAAAGAAGCUUAACGCCUAACCGGGAAUCGUGGAAACGGCUCAAGCAGCUAACCAAUUAGCCGGCUAACAGCGGAAAACAGCCCCUGUUGAUACCGUGUAAAUCCAAAGGUGGUGGAAGUGAAACGUCCUUUUAUUACCCGAGCCGUGCCAUGGAAGGACGAGGAAUGACGUGACCGACGUAUAAAACCCGUACAAGAACCCGCUCCAAGCACUGGUCGGCUUGGUUUUACACAGACAGAGGAGGGGAGAAAAAGAAAAAAGAAAACAACCCCGGUGCCAGGAUGAGCUCUCUGCUCCGAGGUGAGGAGAUGUGCCUGGCCCAGCUGUUUCUGCAGUCCGGCUCGGCUUACGACUGCAUCAGUGAGCUGGGAGAGCUGGGACUGGUGGAGUUCAGAGACCUCAAUCCGAACGUGAACGCGUUCCAGCGAAAACACGUCAACGAGAUCAAAAAAUGUGAAGAGAUGGAGAGGAUCCUGGGUUACCUUCUGAGGGAAAUCAAGAAAGCGCAUAUUUCACUGCCAGAAAGAGAUAUGAACCCCGUGGCUCCUUCACCCAAGCAUAUAAUGACUAUAAUGGAGCAGCUGCAGAAACUUGAGGUGGAACUAGGCGAAGUCACCAGAAACAAGGAGAAGCUGCAGAAGAAUCUGCUGGAGCUCACCGAGUACACACACAUGCUCCGCAUCACACGCAACUUUGUGCAGAGAACUACGGAGCAGGAACCGCUACAAGUCCAUUAUGAGGAGUUUCCAUUUCUGGAAAAAGACACAAGGAUGGACUACAGCAGUAUGCAGAGGCUUGGAGCCAAACUGGGUUUCAUCUCGGGGCUGAUCCAGAGAGCCAAGAUCGAAGCCUUUGAGCGGAUGCUUUGGAGAGUGUGCAAAGGUUACACCAUCCUGAGCUCGGCGGAGGUCGACGAGUACCUGGAAGAUCCCGACACAGGCGAGCCCACCAAAAGUGUCGUCUUCCUCAUCUCCUACUGGGGGGACCAGAUUGGCCAGAAAGUGAAGAAGAUCUGUGAUUGCUACCACUGUCACCUGUAUCCGUAUCCCAGUAGCAACGAUGAGAGGAACGAUGUGGUGGAAGGCCUGAGAACUCGCAUUCAGGAUCUACACACAGUACUUCACAGGACGGAGGACUACCUGAGACAGGUCCUGAUCAAGGCUUCAGAAUCCGUCUACACCUGGGUGGUCCAGGUCAAGAAAAUGAAGGCCAUCUACUACAUCCUGAACCUCUGCAGCUUCGACGUGACUAAUAAGUGCCUGAUUUCUGAGGUGUGGUGUCCCGUUAAUGACAUUCCCAGACUGCGGAGAGCCCUGGAAGACGGAUCGAGAAAAAGCGGAGCGACUGUUCCCUCUUUCGUCAAUCGCAUCCCUACCACCGAUACCCCGCCGACGCUGAUGAGGACCAACAAAUUUACCUCUGGCUUCCAAAACAUCGUGGAUGCCUACGGAGUGGGCUCCUACAGGGAGGUGAACCCCGCUCCCUUUACAAUCAUAACCUUCCCGUUCUUAUUUGCUGUGAUGUUCGGGGACCUGGGUCACGGAGUCAUCAUGUCUCUGUUCGCUUUCUGGAUGGUGCGCUACGAGAACAACCGCAAACUGAAAAACACCAGGAACGAGAUCUGGAACACGUUCUUUGAGGGGCGUUACAUCAUUCUGAUGAUGGGCCUGUUCUCCGUCUACACCGGGCUGAUUUACAACGACUGCUUCUCGAAGUCGCUGAAUAUCUUUGGCUCCGGAUGGAGCGUCAAAGCAAUGUUCAAAGCGGGAUUGUGGACGAACGACGUCCUGAGGGCUAAUCAUUUCCUGACUCUGGAUCCAAAUGUUACCGGAGUUUUUAAAGGACCGUACCCUUUUGGGAUCGACCCGAUCUGGAACUUGGCAUCCAAUCGCCUUACAUUCCUCAACUCUUAUAAGAUGAAAAUGUCAGUGAUACUGGGCAUCAUACACAUGAGCUUCGGCGUCAUCCUCAGCACUUACAAUCACCGACACUUUAGGAAGAAUUACAACCUCUACUUGGUGUUUCUGCCUGAACUCCUGUUCCUGUUGUGCUUGUUCGGCUACUUGGUGUUCAUGAUAUUCUACAAGUGGCUGGUCUUCACUGCGAAGGACUCCAGACACGCCCCCAGCAUUCUCAUCCACUUCAUUAACAUGUUCCUCAUGCAGGGGGAGGCAGUGCAGCCCCUCUACCCGGGACAGACUGGCCUGCAGGUAUUCCUGGUGGUCAUUGCUGUUCUUUCAGUGCCUGUUUUACUGCUGGGCAAACCAGUCUACCUCUACUGGCUUCAGAACGGAGGCCGGAAUCGCCUGGGAAUGUAUAGGGGAUAUGAGCGUGUGCGGCGAAACAGCGACGAAGAGCUCUGCCUUCUGAGGUCUGAGGACAUGGAGGAGGGCAGCAGUCACAGCGAUCUCACCAGCAGCGGAGAGCACCUCUCAGAGGAGUUUAACUUUGCAGACGAGUUCCUACAUCAGGCCAUCCACACAAUAGAGUAUUGUCUGGGCUGCGUGUCAAACACAGCCUCCUACCUGAGACUCUGGGCUCUCAGUCUGGCACACGCCCAGCUAUCAGAGGUGCUUUGGGCCAUGGUGAUGAGAGUAGGACUUCGGAUGGACACGACUCUUGGGGUUGUAUUCCUGGUUCCCGUGUUUAGUCUGUUUGCCGUUCUCACCGUGUCCAUCCUCCUCGUCAUGGAGGGCCUGUCCGCCUUCCUUCACGCCCUUCGGCUGCACUGGGUUGAGUUUCAGAAUAAAUUCUACAGCGGGACUGGAGUCAAGUUCUGCCCUUUUUCUUUCUCGCUGAUGCCUUCCAGCUUUGAACAUGAUGGACUGCUUUGAAAAGACUAGUCAUAUGAAGAGAAUCCAGUGGGGCAGCUCAUAGAGACAUUACCAAGGGAUGUCAAAAACUUCUUCUCGUAUUUUUUUUUUUCAUUCUUUUUUUACAAUUUACAUGAAGAAAUGACCACGCUGGCCUCCAAGCUGUGUUUAAAAAAAAAAACGAAACAAGAAACUCACUGGUGAACAGAUUGUGAAUUAAUGCAGUUUUAUGUAAGAAAGACUGUUUUGUCCAAGAUCAGGAUAAGGGUACUGCUUGCAAACGUUGAUGUGAAUAAAUGCUCCAUAAAAUUGCAAAAUGGCUAAACACACCUAAUUUUGGUUUGACACAAAAACCCUAAAAUGUGAUGAAAUCAAUGCUUUUUUUUCCCGUGGGAGUUCUUAAUAAAAAUUAACAUUGAGCUUUUUCACUUACGGUUCCUAUAAUUUGUCAUAUGUUCUUUUAUACUGUCACUAUUGUCAGCAUAUUUUGACUCUUUUCUUCACGCUUCAGAUUAUCCGAUCUGGUUUCGAUCCACUGGGCCAGGGCAGCCAAUUUGAAAUUAAAUGGCCUUCAGCUUUUCGGUUAAUGUGAGUGUGCAUUUUUUUUACCCACGGAAAAUGUUUGAUGACAUACCAACAAGUCCUGAAAUUUUUUUGAUGAACGAAAAACGAGAAAGAACCUCGUAAAUCCGUGGAUCUGAUACAGCGCUGCUGCUUACAGAAACCUAAGGUGUCUUUUUUUUUUAUUGUCCCUUCAGGUGUGGUUCAUAGUUUGUGAACAGUAAAAUUAUAUUUCGGUUUGACCCACUGUUCGUAGCGGUCCUUAAUAAUAAUGCCGUCUCUCUUCAGUUUUUCCGGACUACCUCGGAGAAAACCUCCUAAUUUCUCCUCGGCCAAUCACUGAAAAGCAGUGCAUUCACGUCAAAACUCCUCUCGGUGCAGCUCGCUUUAACCCUGCUGUUGAGUGGGGCCAGAGAAGCCGUGUGGUGCGAAGCCAAACCGAGCCGGUCAAGCCGGAGCUAUUCAGAAUCAACUCAUCUCAAUGAUGGGACCUUCUGUUUUCUCUCUCAGAUACACUCUUGUAAAAGGCACACAGUUUUGGUCUUGGCUCUGUCUCUCGGUUGCAUUGGUUUAAAUUUGGUGGACAGCUUUACAACCAGGUACAACCACAAGCCAGCUCCUACUCCGUGGGGACCUUCAGUUAUUAUACCACAGCACUGCAGGAGAUUUGAAGGUUUCUGUGGGUGAAUAGUGAAAUAUGCUUGGAGUUUUUUAACAUAAUUUUUUAAACAGAGUCGUAGAUGAAGCCCGGUGUGAUUUUGUGUGUGCAGUUUGCUCCAUUCGAGAACUCUGUCGAAUUUUCAAUGAGCAGGGGGAAAAGAAAUGAGUCUGUUGACUUCAGCUUUGUUGGUUUAAAAGUCCUACAUCUCCUUUCAACAUGUUUGAUUGUAUGGUGAUAUGAACCCGACUUUUUGAUUAUUUUGGAUUGGUUUGUCGUGUUGAAUGAAAACAAUUUAAUGAUUUUUCUCUUUCAGACCUUAAUGUCAUCACUUCUUGAUGAAGGAAUGUCUGCGUUUUUUGCUCUUGACGCUCUUUACAUUAAGCUACAUUUACGUCAAGCUAUCUUACACUUUUUUUUUUUUAGCCAAUUUUUUUUUUAUUUUUUUUUUUUUACCAAAAACAUUUUAAUACCGCAUCAGACCGGACACUAGUGUUAUUUAAGUCUUAGCUGUUUUUUCACUUUCGGUCUGCAAAUAUCACCUGCUUGCGUAUCAGUGUUUUCUAUUUAUUUUGACCCUUCUUGUUUUUUUGUUUUUUGUACCUGACAAGCGGGACGUCAAAGCACAAGAAACCAGUUAGUAACAGGCAUAGAAAAACCCUAAUCUUUAAAAGAAAAAAAAAAAAAAAAAGGUAAAUGCAGUUUAGCUGAAUUGUUUGUUGAUGGAAUAGGUUCUGUCAUGCAGUUCUUAUUUAAAUAUAUAAAUAAACUUACCUUAUUUGAUCGAUCUCUUCAAUUAACAUUUUUCCCACUGGUAAGCACUCCAUAUUGUAUCUCUUUGAAGAGAAGUUUGUGUUAAUAAAUGUAAUAAAUAUCUAUUUUCGGGA